GGUCGUCCGAAGAUUAGUCGGCGAGCAUAGCGGUUUGGAUAUCAUGUUAACAAAAAAAAAUGGUACGGAUGGAUUCAAACCAUACAAUCGUUCAACAAGAUGUGCCAUAGACUCAUCGGCGUCGGAGAGGUUCAUUUGAGGUUAUAAGCUUUUCCGGUGAUUAUUCUGUGGUGCAAGCAGCUUGUUGACGCGAGGGGAAAGGCAAGUAACGCUUUUUACAUGUAAAGUUUCUUUCACAUUGAGGGUUUGUUCUCUGAAGCAAUCAAUCAAACAGAUGGUGGACAAAAUAGGUGUAUGGAUGACCUGCCGAAUGUCGGAAUAUCUCCAAACUGAGCUCGCGAAACGAUUCAACGUCUUCAAAUCAUGGGAAAUUCCGUCCAAAACCGACUUCUUCAACCAACAUUCGCGAUCAAUCAGAGCAGUUGUUGGAAACGGAGCACACGGAGCUGACUCCAGCUUAAUCGAAUCACUUCCAUAUCUAGAGAUCAUCUCGAGUCACAGUUCUGGCUUAGAUAAGAUCGAUCUGGUGAAAUGCAAAGAGAAGAUAAUUAGGGUUACAUCCACUCCUGACGCCUUGACUGAUGAAGUCGCCGAUUUGGCCAUACUGCUGAUUCUGGCGACUCUCAGAAAGAUUUGUGCCGGCGAUCAGUAUGUAAGGAAUAGGAUGUGGAAUCAAGGAGACUUCGAAUCGACCACCAGAGUAAGUGGAAAACCAGUGGGGAUUAUAGGGUUGGGAAGAAUAGGGUCGGCAAUUGCGAAAAGAUUGGAGGCAUUUUGUUGUUCUAUUAGUUACUACUCCAGAUCAGAGAAACCAAAUUCAGGUUACAAGUAUUAUCCAAAUGUGAUUGAAUUGGCUAUCAAUUGUGAAAUCUUGGUUAUUGCUUGUUCAUUGUCCCAAUCCACACGCCAUAUAAUCAACCGUGAAGUAAUAGAUGCUUUGGGGCCAAAAGGAUUUCUCAUUAACAUUGCACGAGGGGGUCAUGUAGAUGAACGCGAGCUUGUGUUGGCUCUUGUUGAACGUAGACUUGGUGGGGCAGGGCUUGAUGUGUUCGAACAUGAACCAGAGGUACCUGACCAACUCAUUCAUCUUGAUAAUGUGGUUCUAUCGCCCCAUGUAGGGGCUUGCACAGCGGAAACCCGGAUGGCCAUGGCUGAUCUUGUUGUAGCAAAUCUGGUGGCUCAUUUCUCUGAUCAACCAUUGAUAACGCCUGUGAUCUGAGAGAGAUUAUGCAUCUGAAGGUAAUUUGCAUAAAGAUUUGAUCUUUUUACUGUCAUAGUGCACAUCUGAGACUCCACCAAUUACUUUAAAAAAAUGGGGUUAUUUAGAGGGUACAAAAUAGAAGGAAUUGAUCUAUUUUCAAACAAACUACACUUUCAACAAAUGUGUGAUAUUCAGAAUCAAAUGAUCUCUGGCUUGAUCAGAAGAUCCUUUCAAUUGGCUAAAAA